UAGGCUAUCUUAAUUUUAUAAGAAUUUUAUCACAAAAUAAUGUCUGAAUCAGAAAGUGAGAAUGAGUUUGAAGAGGAAUCAGAAGAGGAUGAAAAUGAAGCUGAUGAAGAGCUUAAAGCUGAAGAAGAAAAUCAGAAUUUCCAGCCAGUUGUGAAGAAGCUUUCACCCUACGAAUUCGAGGGAAAACAUGAUCAGAGAGUGAUUCUGACAAAGGAUGAAGCAAUGGACUCUCUGAAGCGACCAGGCUUCUCUCCUGACGGGCUUGGGAUCGCCUACACUGAACUCGACCUCAAAAGUAGGAACCUAAUCAAUAUUGAAGUAAUCACGUCCUUCAAAUACGUGACCUACUUAAAUAUUUCCUUCAACAAACUCAACAACAAAUCACUUUCAUGUUUGCGAUUGAUGCAACAACUCAUCAUGGUUAGAGUGGACAAUAAUCUGUUGACAUCAACUGAUUUACCUCAUGUUGCGUUCCUACAAAUUCUCACACUAAAUAGUAAUAACUUGGAAAAAAUUUCUAAAAUCUCACAACCAAACCUUGGUGUUUUACUGCUCAAUGAUAACAAGGUAGAGCGUGUGGAAAAUUUAGAUUCUUUAAAAAACCUGAGAAGAUUAUCUUUGAAAAGAAAUGUUAUCACAACUUUACAAGGAAUAAAUUUACAAUGGUUGCGCUACUUAUAUCUCCAAGAAAAUAGAUUAGAGAGUCUGAAUGGAGUUGACAAACUACGAAAUUUGAUUGUUUUAAACGUUGCAGACAAUCAAAUAGCUAAGCUUGAUGGAUUUUCGCUAGAUAUGAAAAUGUUGAGGGAGUUGUACCUGCACAAUAACAAGAUAUCCAGCGUAACUGAAAUAAGCAAACUUUACAAACUGGUUGCACUAAGGCUGCUUACAACUGGAAAUAAUCCGUUCAGUAAGGAAGAUGAAGACAGGCAGGAGAUUCUGAUGAGGCUUCUUCGUCUUGAUGAACUGAAUGGCAGAAAAGUGGAGGCGACAGAGAGGAAGGAGGCCUACGAAUUACGAUUGGAAAGAGAAUACGAAGAGGGAAGUGAGAAAUCGGAGGAACUGGACGAAGAAGAGGAGGAAGAAGAAGAUAAUUAAAAGUAAAGAUAUCAAGAGAAGAUGAUGAAAAAUGGAAAAUAUAAAAUAAUGUACAGAUGAAGAAUUGAAUUAAAUUCAUUUAUGGUUACAAAUAAUUGAUUUAAAAGAAAAAAAUCAUUAAUGUUCUCAAAUUAAAUUGUAAAGAUAAAUGAAAGCUGGGAAGAAAUACUGUUCUCUAUGCUUUGAUUUGAUCAGCUAAUUUAUUCAAUUAGCGAAGGUACCGUAUUCAAUUGUAAACGAAAAU